AUGUCCGACUCUGAUAGCAGCGAAGAUGAAACAAAUGCGCAAUUAUUAGCAGCAGUCGAUACUUCGUUUCUUAAUAAUACAAUGUAUCAGCCCGCUUCGAAAAGUGAUGCUUCUAAAAACCAUGCAGAAGAAACUAAGGCUAUCCCAGUUUCGAAAGCAACGGAAGAGAGCGUUCCUAAGUCCAACCGAUUCCUUCCUGAGGAAGAAUCUAUCUUUCAUAGUGAUCUUAACGUUCCCGCAGCGGUACAAAGACACACGGCUCACAAAAUAUCCAAGUUGCUUGAAUCAGUCUUAGAAUUUGAGGAUCGCUCAGCCUGUGAACCUCCAAUUGAAGCAAAAGAAAAAUUGAACCAACCACAGAAAUCAAAAGUUCGACUAUUAGCCAGCUUUGACGAAUUUAUUGAUCUCAAUACCGACACUCCUGAGCCAAUGGGAGCUACAUCAAAACCGGCACCGAUUCGUCGACGUAAAAUUAGCGACGAUCUUGAUUCACCCACUCUACAGGAAAAAAUUAGAUCAUCCAUUUGUGACCCCAAUUCUUUCGCUGAAGAAGUGCAGCAAUGGAAAGGACCACGACAACGAUCGACUGUGUUUCACUACAAAAAGAAAAAAAAUGGUUCUUGUGAAGAAAAUUCUAAGAUGCACCAGGACGAAUUCACCAAGAUGCGUAACAAAAACCGAUGGGAUGAGUCUAUGAUAAGAAAGUUCAAAAAGCAGGGCAAAACCGCAAUUAAAACAUAA